UUACCGGGGGCAUAAAUGGCGAUGUUCGGAUGGUCCGGGGCAGCAGUAGCCUUCCGAGAAUUCCUAAGAGCAACAGCAGUAAUCAUGAAGUGCACCGUUUUCGUUAUCCUGACCCUUUUCGUGGCCAGUGGCUGGGCCCAGCCAUUGGAUGUGCCCGCCCAGCUGGACGCCCAGGUGCGCAGCGUGGUGGACGAGAUGACCGAGCUGGGCAAGUCCACCGGCGAGGCUCUGGUUCAUCAGUACGAGGAGAUUGUCCUGGAGCCCCAGCAUGAGCUGGAGGAUGCCCUCGAGGCGGUGGAGGCUCGCCGCCAGGAGAGUCCCGAGUGCGUGGCCGCCGAGGAUGAAGAAAUCAACCGUAUUGUGGAUGCCGCUCACGAGGAACUCCACUCCUGCGGCGUGGUGGCUGCCCAUACCUCGGCCGAGAUCGCCUCCGAUGUCAAUGCGGCCACCCAGCAGUUGGUUUUCGGCGGCUACAGCCUUGGUAAAACCUACAACAAGUGCCAGAACUACAAGAACUCCGUGCUGAAGCAGUCUUGCAUGGCCAAGUUCUAUAUUCAGGGCACGGUCUACCUGGUCAAUGCCCGCUCCUCGAUCAAGACCAUCCGCAAGUCCACCAACGAGCGCAUCCCGGCCGUUUUCGUCGACAGCAAUGUGUGCACCCAUGGAGCCUCCGCACAGGCGGUGUCCAGCCUCCAGGAGGUCAACAGUCACAUCGAUGCCUGUGUCUCCCGACGUCGCUAAAUCCUUUCGGCUAGCCGUCUGAUUUUUUCUGCAAAUAAAAACUGCCAAAAGCUAA